AUGGGCGCAUUUAAGGGCAGUCGGAAAAACACGGGACUUAACACAUCGGACGCAUCCACUUCGGCACUUUCUUCACUUCAUUUUAUCUUGAAACAAGGAACUCAAAAAGCAAUAGAGGAUCUGGAACUCGCAUCCCCUAGCUGGCAAACGUUCUGCAAUUGUUCGCUGCAGGAGAAAGACAGCCGAAGGCGUCUAGAAUCAGUUCCGAUGAGGACAAAUAACAGCCUACGUGUUCCUGGAAGCUACGAAAACUUCUCCGCCGUUUCUAGAUUUUGA